ACCUAAAAAAAAAAGUUAGAUUCGGAUCAGGCAACCUACGAGGCCACAUGAUGUUAACUGGGGGCCUUGCUAACACUCUAAAUCAGACAAGUGAAGAUGGCGGAUGUGUUGAGUGUUCUUCGUCAGUAUAACAUUCAGAAAAAAGAAAUCGUCGCUAAAGGAGAUGAAGUUAUAUUUGGGGAGUUUUCCUGGCCGAAAAAUGUCAAGACCAACUACAUUAUUUGGGGUACUGGUAAAGAUGGCCAGCCCAAAGAGUACUAUACUUUGGAUUCUAUCUUGUUCUUGCUCAACAAUGUGCAUCUCCCGCAUACAUCCUACGUGCGAAGAGCUGCAACAGAGAACAUCCCUGUUGUCAGGCGACCUGAUCGAAAAGGCAUGCUCUCAUAUCUCAAUGGCGAGAGCUCUACAUCAACAAGUAUUGACAGAAGUGCACCUAUAGAAAUAGGUUUGCAAAGGCCAACACAAGUCAAAAGAGCAGCAGAUGAGGUGUCUUCUGAAGCCAAAAAACCCAGGAUCGAGGAUGAAGAGCGAGUGCGUCUGGAUAAGGAGCGUCUGGCUGCCCGUCUGGAGGGCCACAAAGAGGGCAUUGUGCAGACUGACCAGAUCAGAUCGCUGUCAGAAGCCAUGUCGGUGGAGAAAAUUGCGGCCAUCAAAGCCAAGAUUAUGGCCAAGAAACGUUCCACCAUCAAAACGGAUCUGGAUCAUGGCAUACCCGAUAAGGAUAGAAGCUUUGUGGACGCUGAGGUGGACGUUACCAGAGAUAUUGUCAGCAGAGAGAGGGUCUGGAGGACCAGAACAACUAUUCUCCAGAGCACUGGAAAGAAUUUUCCAGAACGAUUUCGCCUCGUGCAGUCAGUAUGUAAAGUAAUGAAUUGUUUGGGUUUACAGGACCCCUCCUUAAGGAACAAGCAGCCUGUCCCAGCUGCCUACAACAGAUACGAUCAGGAGCGGUUCAAAGGAAAAGAGGAAACGGAGGGUUUCAAGAUCGAUACCAUGGGCACCUACCACGGCAUGACCCUGAAGUCAGUGACGGAAGGAGCAUCUGCUCGGAAGGCCCAGACCCCAGCGCUGCAGCCUGUCCCUCGUCCAGUUUCACAAGCCAGACCUCCACCAAAUCAGAAGAAAGGGUCCCGGACACCCAUCGUUAUCAUCCCUGCUGCCACCACCUCACUCAUCACAAUGCUCAAUGCUAAGGAUCUACUGCAGGAUCUAAAGUUUGUCACACCAGAAGAGAAGAAGAAGCAGGGUAUCCAGCGCGACAAUGAGGUUCUGCUUCAGAGGCGCAAAGACCAGAUCCAGCCCGGUGGUACAACACUGAGUGUCACUGUGCCGUACCGUAUCAUUGAUCAGCCGCUCAAACUGGCUCCACAGGACUGGGAUCGAGUGGUGGCUGUGUUUGUUCAGGGUCCUGCCUGGCAGUUUAAAGGCUGGCCAUGGCUGCUCCCCGAUGGAUCUCCUGUUGACAUUUUUGCUAAAAUUCGAGCCUUUCAUUUGAAGUAUGAUGAGGCAAAGACAGACCCCAACGUGCAGAAGUGGGAUGUGACCGUCCUGGAGCUGAGCCGCCACAGGCGCCAUCUGGACCGGCCCGUCUUCCUGCGCUUUUGGGAAACCCUCGACAGAUACAUGGUGAAACACAAAUCUCACCUCCGGUUCUGAGCCCAGAUCACAGCGUCCAUCUCCAAAAUUCCUUCAAAAGAAUUCUUCAACCCUCCAGCUUUCCUCGGAGUCCACCUCUUGCACAUGUAGCCCCUCACGUCGGAGCUGCCAUUCCAUCUUCUAACAUGAUCCCCAUUGCAACAGGAGAAGCAGGACACGUUAUCCAGCAGAUUCCUUGGGGACUCCUAAUGUAAUGUUCUGGACACUAGAGAGGAGAAUUCUGGGAUCUUUGUGUUUUUCUUGUAAUUAUUUUCUAAUGUUUUCGUUACAGUUAAAAAAAAAAAAAGUUUUAUAUAAAAAGGGCAACAUACUGUAGAAACAAUUGAAAUGCGGUAUUAAGAAAGACAAUAGGGUCUGAGGGAGAGGAGAUUUUUUUUUUUUUUUUC